CCCUUAUACGUUUCUUUUAUGAAAUUCCGCCCAUUCUCUAUGGCUUUUCUUCUCAGACGAAAUUAAAAAUUCGAUCCGGUGUUAGUGCGAUUCGUGUAUGUAUUGACUCGAUACACGCCUAAUCCAUUGGGAAUGAAAAUAAUUUCGCUUGUGAUUUUAGCUUCGUGAGAUAAAGUUUACAUUGUCACGUCAUUCUUAUGUGGUUGUUUAGAGUUACUUCACGUAGAAAUUUUAUCUGGAAGCAGUCUAGAAAUGCUAACUCAGAAUUGGCGAUCGAGCCUGGAACUAAAUGCAUGCUGUUUAGCCUUCGUUGUGUUGAUUAUUGUUAAUACAGGUGGUGAAACCUGUGAAGAUCCUUGGAAGGAUCAUGGAGGUGCUUGCUUUUUGUUUGCAUUAAAGAGUAAAAACUUCUUCCAAGCCCGUGACGAUUGCUAUAGCAGUGGAGGCAUACUAGCGAGCAUUAGAAAUGCUACAGAAUUACAUUUUAUAGUUAAAGUAAGUAUUACUAUAUUUAAAAAGACUAUUCAGAAAUUAGGUUCGGCAUAUCAAAGAGUCAGGUGGUUUACUGGUUUGUAUCAGUUUGAUGAUAAUGCUGCGAAUAACUACAGAUGGAUGGAUGGUAGCUUGGCUUCAUUUAGAUAUUGGAUGAGAUCACAGCCAAAUAAUCCCUACGAGAGAUGUGUUCAAUUAGAUGGUAGUGCGGGAUUUAAAUGGAGAGACGAUAUAUGUAAUCAACCCGCUUUGUAUAUCUGUCGAAAGGAAAAAGGUGCUGUCAAUUGCUAUGAUAAGCCUCAUACUUCGUACGUUUGGAAAGCAUUAGAUAUGAGUGUUACAUUAUGUAUAGAACAUUGUAGAGGAAGGGGAUAUCAAUCAGCAGCUGUAAAGCCGGAUCGUUGUUUUUGUCAAACUAAGAAAGAUGCAGAAAAGAGUACCAUUAUCGAUUUGGAAAAGUGUAAUAGUUUAUGCGAAGAACAACAUUGCGGUCGUGAUGAAGCUUUAGUUGUGUAUAACAUUUCUUUCUAUCCGGAUAUUGCUAGAAGUUGCGAAGAGUUAACAUCAUACGGUAUAUAUCAUCCUGCCACGUAUAUCCUUGCUAAAAAUGGCGAAAACCCUAAGAAAUAUUCGUGUUUUGGCCACCUUGCUUCGAUGAUGAUGAUGAAAUCUUUUAAUCUUGAAGUUAAUUUGGUUCCUGGUGUCAAGUCUGUGCCACAAUACCUGGAAAAAGUUGACAUUGACUGAUGUAGUUGUCUGUUCGAAUUUCCACUCUUUCUGAAACACAGAAUCCAUUAUAUUUAUGAUUUCUUCUGUUAAAACGAGGAAUGAAGCUAAAAUCUAUAAAUUCAACUUUAACUCUUUUACCAUUAGGUGCCUAAAAAAUAAAAAAAAAACAAGAAAGAAAGAAAAAUCAUCUUAA